AUGGAGCUCAAGAAAGUUAGACACCUGUGGAAGCGAUUGUUGUACUUUGAUAUUGAUACAGACUAUUUUAGUCUCGUCGAUAAAAUAUGUUGGUUAUUCGCUCAACGACCUCCCAUAACCAAGAAUCGGGUCUACAAAGCCCUAUGGACAGUGUUAAGUGUGCUGCAUGGCCUCCAAUAUUUCGGUUUUACGAUACAAAUGAUCCGCUGUAUCAAACGUUAUCCCAGAGAUGUUUCGGAGCUCACCACCAUCACAAACAUGAUAGUUGUGCUUGGAGUUUCAGUUGUUCGCGGUUUAUGUUUGGCGUAUAGUCACGCUGAUUUGUUGAAACUCAAAACGUUCCUGAACACAAAAUCCUGUCAGCGUGAUAAUGCCAGUGCGUUUCAGUUACGAAAAAGCACUUAUCAAAAGAUAAACAAGUUCUUGGCAGUGUAUUACCCAAUAACAAUAACGAAUGCAUGUUUGUAUUCCCUGGAUACUGGAUACCACGAAGAAGUCUUUCGAAUUCCAUAUUUGCUAGACGGAUUGCCCGAGAACGUUGCAUUUCCGAUCAAUGUUUUAACUGCAUCUCUACAUAUUCCUUGGGGCAAUACAGUUUGGUACAGCGCCACCCAGUUACUGUCCCUGCUGCUUGUCCUGCGAACAGAGUUGAAAAUAAUCAUAGAUCAAUUCAAGCAUAUUUACGAAGAUGUGGCUGUCAAUUACGUUUUACAACCAUCUGACAUAAAGCAGCUGACACCGCAACAGAAAACAGAAUUUCUUUCGGAACUCAGUUCGAGAUUCAAGUAUGUUUUAUCGUAUCAUUCCGAGUUUAUCAGACACUUGCAAAUUUUUAAAAGAAUUGUAAGUUUAAAUGUUUGCUUUUUAUUCGUCGUGGGAGCAAUAAUCAUCACCGUUAACACAGGGCUUUUCAUACUGGAACCAUCAAUCGAACAACUACCAUUACUGGUUGUAUCGAUACAAUUCACGACGGAAAUCUAUUGUUUUUGUACCAUGUUUCAAAAGCUGGACGAUGAAAACAAUCAACUUCGCCAGUAUGUCUACGCACUCGACUGGAUCCACUCGUUAGACGGGCUGACCUCAAAGGAUGAUCGACAGCAUUGCAAGACCAUUUACAAAAAUGCGCUGAUGAUGCUAGCUCAAGUGAAAGAUGGAAUCAAGCUCAACGUAGGAGGAAUGUUUUCACUUGACUUGAGGACAUUUACCGAACUGAUGAGGACUGUUUAUUCACUUUUGACGCUCAUGAUGCGCACUAUGCGAAAAUCUUAAGAAACAUUAUAU